UUUUUUUCGUUAUAAUAACAUCAGCAAAAACACACCAAAAGAUCAGAUGUUAUUAUUAGAUGUUAAGAUUAGUUAAACAAAUUCCAGGCAAUCCAGGUAUUGGGGAAAUUCCGAUUUGUAAUAGAAACGAAAAUUGAAUUCUCGCUGAUCUCACUUCUCAGUCCCCUCUGCGAUUACAUGGGAAAAUCUUUGAGUAAGAACAAGAAGUCUCAAAAGACCUGUAUUCGUGUUGCCCAGAUGGGUGCAGGCGUAGUUAAACUUGAGCAUGAAGGUGGAAGAACAAGUGUCCAUAUCAACCCUGCUGCAGCAGCUGAAAGCAUUUUUAAUCCACCCAAAUGUCAGGACUGUGGGGCAUUGAUUCCAAUAUUUGUGAAACAGGCUCAUUGCAAAGACUGUGGUAGGAUGUUUUGCUCAAAUUGUGCUACACGUUCUGGUCUGGAUUCCCAGUGUAAAAAAUGUUACAUAUUAGUGAAUGGGAAAUUCACUCGUGCACAGCUCAUGAUGUGGAAAGUCAAAGAUCUGAAAGCCUUGCUCCAUAAGCAAAACAUCAACACUGCCACAUGCAGCGAAAAGACAGAGUUGAUUGAUCUCAUCUUUUCGUACUAUGGCAACACACCAAAUGGAUAUGCAGAUGAGACCACCACUAUACCGGGCAGACCAGAACCAUCUGAGAACACAGGGACACCACGAGACAGUGAGCCCGCACCCCCACCUAGUGCAGAUAUGCCAAACACCGUCAGAACUGGGCAGACAGCCGAGGAAUCAAACACAUCACAACUAAGUGAUACCCAGGAGACAAAAGAAACUACUGCUGACAAUCCACAUAUUCGACUGGAACACGUGAAGUCUGAGGACCAAAUUGAUGAACUGAGUAACAGAUGUCUAAAACGCCUUCUUGUGAACAACUUUGUUGAUUUCAAAGGAUGUAGAGAAAGACAAGAACUGGUUGUUAGAGUAAAACAGCUGUGGAAAUCCAAUGAAAUCAACAAACAAAGAGCAGAGGCACAAGGCGGUGGUGGUAGCGGUGGUGACGAGUCAGAUAUUUGCAAGAUCUGCAUGGAUGCAGCUAUAGACUGUGUGCUCUUGGAGUGCGGACAUAUGGUCUCGUGCACCAAGUGUGGAAAGCAGCUCUCGGAGUGCCCGGUGUGCAGACAGUUUGUUGUGCGUGCUGUACAUAUCUUCAAGGCUUAAGAACAGGACCAAUUCAUUGUUUAAGAAAUGUAAAAGAAAGUAUUUAGAUAUUGUUCGGAAUUUUUUAUUUAUUUUUGAUAAUAAUUUAAAAUUCUUUUCUGGACUUUUUAAGGACACUCAACUUUGUUUUAUACAAGAAAACAUUCUGCUCCAUACAGCUUUAAAAAAAACAUUAAUGUUUAAUUUUGAUUUCAUAUGCAAAAGCUUCAACAUUAUCAUGUUGUUUUAAAUUGAAUUUGUUUGUGAUUGUUACUUUUUCAUACUGUUGUUGAUGUUAAAUUGUAUAUUCAGUGUAAACAUAAUAUUUUAUGUUAUGUAUUAGUAAUUAUUGUCUGGUAAGUGAAAAUAAUUGACAGUGUCAUGCCUAUAAUUUAAAAUAAUUCAUAAGUAAAACCAUAAUAAAUUUUCUGAACCAAAAUUAUUCCCCAAUAUCCUUCUAUACUCAGGUUGUUUAUGUUCUAGCUUUAUAUAGUUUACCAGAGCACUGUAUAUAUAUAUAUAUAUAUAUAUAGCUGUAUAUAUGUAGCUGAUAUUUAAUACCAAAAAUUGGAGUAUUUCACUUGCAAAUGUAGACAAAGCCAAAUUUUGUAUUCAUAAUUGAAGAGUAGUCAGUCCUGCACUUGUUGUUAUGCAUAUUUUAUAAUGCAUAGAUUUUGUCAUACUGGUGGAAAUAACAUUUUAAACAGUACCAUUAAAUGCUGUAUUUCACUGAUAUCACUGUAUUUAAAGAUAUUAAUGUAAAUUUAAUUAACUAAUCAUUGGCGUCCCUAGUGAAUGCUUGGUUUCUGAUGAACUUUCAUAGAGUGUGAUGCUGUAACUGCGAUAAUUUUUAGCUCUACUGGCUAAAGGCCUGAAGAGCUUAUGUCAUGGCGUGGUUUCCGUCGCCCGUGCGUGCGUGCGUUAGACUUUUUCUUGUUUACGCGAUUAAGUCCACAGUUUUCAUCUGAUUCUUUUCAAACUUGUUCAGUGUCUUUAUAUUAAUGAGGACUCGAACCCUAUUGAAAAUGGGAAACAUCAGAGUCAAAAGUUCAGAAUUAUCUCUCUUUGAAUUUGAGAAAAUUGUGAAAUAAGGCUUGUUUACGCAAUAAAGUCCACAGUUUUCAUCCAAUCAUUUCCCAACUUGCAGUGUCUUUAUCUGAAUGAUGAGUCAAACCCUAUUGAAAAUGAGCAAUAUCGGAGUUAUAAGUCCAGAAUUAUCUCCCCUUAAAUUUGAGAAAAAAAUGAAAAUUCAGUUUUUUUAUUUGAUAAAGUCCAUAAUUUUCAUCAAAUUCUUGGCAAACUUGCACAGUGUCUUUGUAUCAAUGAGGACUUAAAUCCUUUUGUAAAAAGAGCAAUAUCCAAGCAAUAAGUCCAGAAUGACUUCCCCUUGAAUAUGAGAAAAUUUUGAAAGCCCGCUUGUUUACGCAAUUAAUUCCACAGUUUUCAUCCAAUUAUUUAAGCACACAGUUUCCAUCUUAUUCUUUCCAAACUUGCACAUUUUUUAUAGCAAUAGAGCGAUUCAGGCCCUCAUGGGCCUCUUGUUCUAUUUAGAAACAAGUGGGUGCCAAAAUGUUAAUGACUAUAGUCCUUGGGACAAUCACUAGUAAUACCCCAACAAACGAAGUUUAGUGGGGUAUAUAGGAGUGAACUUGUCUGUCUGUCUGUCUGUAUUAAGUGUCCGCUCUCUAAUUCAAGUUGAUCCGAUCUUAACCAAACUUGGUCAGAUGUUGUAUCACGAUAGAUGAUGUGUAUGUCAAGUUCAAAUGUGGGUCAUUCAGGGUCAAAAACUAGGUCAUGAGGUCACUUAGUGUGUUUUAAACAUUGAGCAUGAUGUCCACUCUCUUAUUCAAGUAGUUUUCAUCCGAGCUUCACCAAACUUGGUCAGAAGUUGUAUCUAGAUGAUUUCUGGGCCAAGUUUAAACUUUGGGCAUGGCAGGUCAAAAACUAGGUCAUUUGGUCAUUGUGUUUUAAACAUUGAGCAUACUGUCUGGUCAUUUAUUCAAGUAGCUUUCAUUCGAUCUUCACCAAACUUGGUCAGAAGUUGUAUCUAGAUGAUGUCUAGGUCAAGAAUGAAUAUGGGUCAUGCCAGGUCAAAAACUAGGUCAAUGGGUCACUUAGUGUGUUUUAAACAUUCAGCAUGUUGUCUGCUCUCUAAUUCAAGUAGUUUUCAUCCAAUAUCUUGAGUUGUAUCUAGAUGAUCUUAAGGCCAAGUUCGAACAUUGGCCAUGCCAGAUCAAAAACUGGGUCACAUGGUUACUUAGUACGUUUUACACAUUCAGCAUGGUGUUCGUUCUCUAAUUCAAGUAGUUUUCAUCUGAUCUUUACCACGCUUUGUCAGAAGUUGUAUCUAGAUGAUGUGAAGUUCAAGUUCGAACAUGGGCCAUGCCGGUUCAAAAACUAGGUCACAGGGUCACUUAGUGUGUUUUAAACAUUGAGCAUGGUGUCCGCUGUUUUUUGUCAAGACAACAUGCAAAAUAAUCUGGGUCAAUGCAGCAUGUGGGGGUAUUCGUCGCGUCUGCGACAAAGCUCUAGUUUAGAAAUGGUAUAGGCUGAAUGAUUGCCUUAUAUGUCGUUAUGCCAAUGUUAUCAUUUUUUAUAAAUGUGUAUGUAUUCAUUUAUGAUUUAUAUAUGUAAAUGCAAGCUUUUUCAUAGAAUUAGGCUCAUGGGCUAUACCAACAGUUUGAUGGAAAACAUCAUGCAUGAGUCACCCUGCGAUGUUUGAUUUUUAAUGGCAUAAUAUUAUAUAAAAAAAGAAUUAAUUAUUUUGUGAAGGCCGUAAACUGCAUAUUUGGUUUCUCUGUAAUGCCCAAUGUUAUAUUUUAUUUUAAAAAAUAGACAUAUCAUCAGUUAUCAAAAAUACACAAUGCAAGUAACACAAGUGACAAGUUUUAUAGCUGCACUUUUAAUUUUUUAAAAUUCUGUAUUGCUGCAUUUAAUGUUUGUGUGUCAUUCAUAAACAGAAACCGCUGUCUGUGAAGCAAUAAGUAUAAAUUAAUCUGUAUACACCUAGCCCUUCUGUUCAAGAACUACCUGGCCGACUUUGCAGUCGCAGAAGCAAGUUUUGAAAUUUAUGCACAACAAAAGUAUUAUUGCCCAAUUGGAAUAUGACAGGGCAACUGUUUAUAGUGUGAUAAGAGUUUGUAAAGCAUUGGGCUGGUUUUAUACAUUGUGGUUCAGACUGAGAAUCAAUAUAUUGUAACUUAUACGUUUUGUUUUGCAGCAUAAUUAUUUAACCAUCACAUUCAUAUUUAUUAUUCAUUAAUUUUUAUAACCAUUUUGGCAUGCCUAUGCCAAACCAAACGACCAGGAAUAUUGUUUGUAUCUACAUGUAUGUUUGUUAUGUAACAAAAUACAAUCAUAUUGCUGUGAGUGAUUUUUAACUGUAUUUUUAAGUUGGAAUUCACCAUAGACUAUGGUGGUUUUUGAUUAGCUCAUCAUUUGCUGUCUUUCAAAGUAAAUUUUGAGACUUUGAUUUGGCGACCAACUUUUUACUUUCAUUCUAUAAUUCUUUAAUGGUCAAGAUUUGGAAUACUGUCCAUUUAUUUGCAGCAUGUUCAUAAUAAGUUGAGACAAGACCAGUUAACCAAUUUAUAUACUUAAAUGUUUACAUGAAAAACGUAUAACAUUUUUCUGUGCACAUUUAUUACCGCCACAAUUGUCUAUUUUGUUUAGCCAAAUUAAUUUUUAGCUCGGCUGUUUUCGGAGAAAACCCGAGGUAUUGUCAUAGCCAGCUUGUCGUCCGCUGUCAGCUGUCCGCCGUAGGCAUCGUGCUAAAACCUUAAUAUUGGUUCUAAAGUCAAAGUGCUUCCACCUACAACUUUAAAAACUUCAUAUGUAGAUGCACCUAUAUGAGUUCUACACGCCACACCCAUUUUUGGAUCACUAGGUCAAAUGUCAAGGUCACUGUGACCUCUAAUAUAAAACUUUAAAAUAGGCUCUAAAGUCACAGUGCUUCCACCUACAACUUUGAAACUUCAUAUGUAGAUGCACGUUGAUGAGUUAUACACGCCACACCCAUUUUUGGGUCACUAGUUCAAAGGUCAAGGUCACUGUGACCUCUAAAAAAAUAUUCUGACAAGCUUUCGCAGCCGAGUGUGGCACCGGUUAUGCGGUGCUCUUGUUUUCAAAAUUCUCACGUUGGCUCUUCCUUAUUGGGUUCAAUGAAGGAAAUAUUGUAGCUAUUUUUAAAGAUAAUGCUUUAUUACUUGGCUAAUUCCGUGAAUAUAUGAACACUCAAUCAACAGUUAGUCAGUAAUCUAUUCUUAGUCUUAGAAAAGACUAACAACUAAUUCUGCAUUAUUUGAAAACCAUGUGAACAGGCUAUAAAUGGAGCUUAUACCAUGAAUUCAUUCAGAAUGAUGUGAUGUGAUGUAAAAUAGUACUUAGUCUGAGAUUUGGUUGUUAAUUGAAAGUUUCAAUUAACAAGCACAUCUGUUUCUACUACUUGUACUUUGAUAACACUUUCCUAAAACUAGUGAAUCAUUGUUACCAGUUUAUAGUUCAGUUUAAACUAUUUAUUUUGUAUUAAUUGCAUUUAAAGUACUUACUUCUUAUUUGAAAUGCUCUUGAGGUCGUUUCCUGGGACUAGAAGCGGUACUUGGUUUCUAUGGAGGAGAUCCAAAAAACACUCCAACAGUGGUGAUCCCACUUGUGACCUCCAGGUUCCUUUGCAAACAAAAUAUCCACUAUGUUACGACAGCCCUUAAUAACCAGUGAACAAGACUUUAAUUGAGAAAUCCUUAUACAUACACAUUUUUUUACAUAUAAUUUAUGAAUACGAAGUAUGGGUAAGGAUCAAUUACUUGCUGAAAUUCUCUUCUUAUGUUUUAUUUCUUGUGUUUUUUUGUUUUUCUCCAGGGUUAAUGUGUCACUUCUUUAUAUGGAGUGACCAUAUCUGAUAAAAUAUGCUUUCUGUUUUUUGCUGUGAAAGAUUAUUGUUUACACAAAGAAAGCCCCUUUGACAAUCAGUAUUGGCCUAUAUUGACCUUAUAAAAUGACUAAUUGUUAUUUAUAUUUUAGCUGUUUUACACUUUUAUUUACAGUUGAAUCUAGAUAUGGUUUUUGUUGCAGGGAUUGAAACAUAUAUGUGAAAUCUUAUUAACAAUUAAAGUUUUAAAGAAAGCAGUGCUAACUAUAAGCCUUUGUAAGUAACCUUACUAUACAGCGCUUUUGGGCGUUUAAAAUGUCUAUUUAUACAAGAUAUUGAUUGAACAUUGUUUAAUUAAGUUAUAUUAAAUUAUGUUAAUUUUAAGUAGCCUGAGGACAAUUUGCUUUUGUCGCCUUUUGUUUGUCUUCCAUUAUCAAGAUUUACCUUGGUUAGAUCUACUCUGUAGAUGCCACAAUAAUUGUCCAAUUUUAAUGAAACUUGGUCAGAAGAUUUAUCCCAAUGAUGUCUUGGCUGAGUUUGAAACUGGGUAACUUGAAAUUAAAUUAUGGUCAUAUGCUCCAAAAAACGAGUUAUCAGGCUUAAUUGUUGCCUUUCUUGUGCAACAUUUAUGUUCUGUACGAAAAUUGUCAAAAUGUUUAUCUUGACAAUACAAAGGUCAUGUUGGAAUCUGGAAAAGGUCAGAAUGUUUUGUCUUGGCAAUAUGAACGUCAUGUUUGAAUCUAGGUAAAGUGUGGCAAAAACCAGAUCGUAUGGCAAAAACCAGAUCGUGUGGUCAAAUCUUCAAUGAUUGGUGUCUUUGAACUUGGGUGAGCGCUUAAGGCCCAUAAUGGUAUUCUUGUGAAAGACAGACUAUUUACUUGAUUAUAAUUGUUUAAAUCUAGUUCUACCACUAUUCUUUUUUCAUUCAUUGUUUAUUAAAAAUGUUAUUUUAACAAAGAAUUUAGUUUACACACCUAUUAUUAUGACACUGACAAUUAAACUCAUGAAUAUUUAUAUUUAUAUAUAUGCAAAUAAACUGAUUGUUGUUCUUG